ACACGGACACCCUCCCCGGCCGGUGCGCGCUCCCGCCCCUCCAGCCCCACGGGCACAGCGCGGUGCGCGCUCCCGCCGCCCCGCCCGCAGAGCCCUGUUCUAAGCUGGCCCCUCCCCAGGAGCUGCAGGGGGACAAGGAUGCUGAGGGAUCCCAUGAAGUCCUGGAGCGACAGCCAGUCCGACCUGUACAGCAGCGACCAGGAGGAGGAGGAGCAGAUGAUUUUUGGGGAAAAUGAGGACUAUUUGGAAGAGAUGAUGGAUCUGAGUGACCUGCCCACCUCCCUCUUCGCUUGCAGCGUGCACGAAGCCGUGUUUGAGGUGCAGGAGGAGAAGGAAAGGUUUGAAGGCCUUUUCACGGCCUACGACGACCAGGUGACGUUCCAGUUGUUCAAGAGCUUCAGAAGGGUGAGGAUAAACUUCAGCAACCCGGAGGCAGCAGCGAGAGCACGGAUAGAGCUGCACGAGACGGACUUCGGGGGCAAGAAGCUGAAGCUUUACUUUGCCCAGGUGCAGGUGUCCGGCGAAAUAGGUGACAAGUCCUACCUCCUCCCUCCACAGCCUGUCAAACAGUUCCUCAUCUCCCCACCUGCCUCUCCACCAGUUGGGUGGAAACAGAGUGAAGAUGCAACUCCCCUGAUAAACUAUGACCUGCUGUGUGCUGUCUCCAAGCUGGGACCAGGGGAGAAGUACGAGCUCCACGCAGGGACAGACUCCACUCCCAGCGUGGUGGUCCACGUGUGUGAGAGCGAGACAGAGGAGGAGGAGGAGCUGAAAAACCCCAGGCAGAAGAUCCUGCAGACCCGGCGCCCGGACCCGCCCCCAACGAUCCUGAGCGACUCCAAGGCCUUCGAGCGUGCCCUGGAGGUGGGGGGGACCAUGCACUGCUAGAGCUCAGCUGCUCCAGGGGGUACCAACACCAGACACUCCUGAGUCCAUGUGUCGAUGUCUGUGCUGCUGCUGUAGCCACAACAGAGCUGACUGUGUAGUUGUCUCUCUCAUGCUCAAGGGUUUGGAUGCCAAUGCUCUGAAAAGCACUUUAAUUUUAGGGACUGGUCCCACCCCACCACCCCCCUGAGUGUAGCAAAUCCACCUGACUUGAAAUAGUGACAAUUAUAGGAAGUCUGGUUGUGUUUUGUUUUUUUCUUUUUUUUUUUUUUAAGAUGUUUUUGUUUCUGUUGUACAGUGUGAUGUACCAAGUGCUGAAAUAAUCUCUUGCUGUCGUGGCUGGGUUCCAGGAAGCUCAUUGCACAGCAAUGCAGAGCUGAUCUGUGCUGGUCCAACAGCUUCCAGUUCAUGCAGCGUUAAACACAAGUGAAAUGCACUCCUUAUGCUGAAAUUCCUUCCCAGCUGAGGUGAGGAUUACCCUUUGCUUUCCUCAGAAAGGCCAAGUGUGUGUUUGUGGCUGGCCAUGAGGCACAAACACAGGGGUGGAGCUGAACUCAGCUGGGUUUGGUGGCUGCACACCAGGACUGUCACCAACCCUGAGCUCUGUCUGGUGCACUGGUGGCUUGCACCGACACCUAAUUAGGAGUUCAUUACAGCAGGUAGAUGAAAGUGUGGGUCCAGCAGCUGAAUGUGUGGUCUCUGCUCCUCUCUGGGGAUGUCCAGUCCCCGAGCGGGCUCCACGUCACGCCGUGACUGUGAGGUCAUGGCAGGAGAUCGGACGCUGAGGGUUAAUUUUUAACUUCCCCAGUCUGUUUUGUAUUUUCCAAGACAAUCAGUUGCCUGGCUUAGGCAGUUUUUAUGCAGUUCCAGCCCUUGUUUGCUGUUUUCCUGUGUGUCUGGCAGAGCCUCUGCUGCCUCUGAGAGCAGGGGGGCAUCUUUUAGAAUACAGAUCUUUACUUUUGUGAUCUUGUGUUAAGUGUUUUUUUAGUAGGAGGACAACAUGCCUUGGUAUAUAACAACACCUGCUCCUGUGCUUUUAUGCUAUUUUAUAGCCAAACUUUUUUAGUCUAGACAGAUUCUUCUUUUUUUUUUCUUCUUUUUUUUUUUUCUAUUUCAAAGGAUAAAAUGAUCUGUGAACAAACCAGGCUGCUGAUAUUCGUGUGUGGAAAUCAUCUGAGUAAUUCAGAAACUCAGAUUUUUCAGGGUCAUUUCAAUGUGGUUCAGUCAUUCAUGACGUGCUUCUUGAACUCUCCAGAGUGGUUUUUUUUUUUCACUUGACUGACAGCAGAGAGAAAAGGAAUGGUCAGGGAUUCACGUGGAUGGAGCAGUUUCCAACUCUUGUGUCGUCCUGGAUCCACCACCAGCUUCACCUUGCAAAGUGGGAUCCUGCAGGCAGGUCCUUGUUCCAGAGGCAGGAAUAGUGUAGGUUAAAAAGGUAGGAAAAUGGGCUUUGUUCACAUUGCCUCCACAGGUGUGAUAUUUAUGUAUCUCUUCAGGUAUUAAAAUCACUCAAAGACCAACUUCUCUGUCUCACUGCAUUGAAACAAAGGGGGAAAAAAAAACCACCACCAACAAAAACCUGUGUUACCCAUCAGGCUUGUGGACUCUUCAAAUUCCAGAAGCCCUGUCUGGAUUUUCUGUGUUGUUUCUACUCUGUUAGCUGUUGAAUUUCCACCCCACUGUAGAAGUUGCUGUGAGUAGCAGUAAGUGGGGAGCCCUCAGAAACACUUCUAUGAGGCAGAUCCAGCGUGACAUUGUCGAUGUAUAAACGUGUAAAAUGUGGAACAUUCCAGCACUUCUCAUUGUGUAAAGACACUUCAAAUAAAACAGUGCAGUGCCAUUCACA